GACAGGCACUGCAGACGCAUCGAACAGGCACACAGGUGGGCCCGUGACCGUUCUUGCUCAGAUGCGGUCGUACAUCGUCCCUACACUCUUAUACGUGCUGGGCCGGGGCCAACAUGUGUUCGAUGCUAGGGCUCUUGUUUGCCAGCGUUGCGGGUGCGUCUGCUUUGCACGUCCUGGACGAAUCGUCCAUGACGGCGGUCGUCCAGGACGAGCGACGAGUAUUGCUGCUCGGCUGUUCGUUGGACCGGAAUGCGCUCAUGGAGUUCUGUGACGGCCAUGGCGAACAAACCGAUUAUCCAAUAGAGUCCGCUUGGUGUAUCAACAAAGACCUCGACCUUAAAAUGGGCUACAUAUACCACCCUGGCGUUGGGGCCAAUGGAGACCUUCAUAAACCGACCGCGCUAGCGAAGGGUCCUUCGACGGGGGCAAUUUUGAAAACAUAUGCGAACGCGACGUCCUUCUAUAUGCUAAACGGGAGCCCCCACCUGGUCGUGGUGGAUAGCUCAUUGUGGGACCUAUUAGUGUGGAGGCUUGGUACUCUCGGUGACCGACACGGACUGUCAGCCUCUGAAGCAAAGAUCCCUCCACCGAAGGAGGUGACCGAGGAGCGCGUGCAGCAGUGGUGCUCGCACGACCUGCCUGGCUUGCUGCAGAGAGUGUCUGAGAUCUUUCCGACGAGCCGCAUCACCUUCCGGACUGCCCCGACGAUCGAUCAUACGCCCACGCACGAAAAGUUUGAGAAGCGCGACAUCGCAUUGCUUUACAAGUGCAUCAGCUCGUCCACGACCAAUGGGAUGCUGUUUGGUAAGUACGAGGUCAUCGAUUAGCAUGCGAUCAUGGACAAGCUAAUCGACCGCAAGGUGCCAGGCUUGUACAGAAUUGACGGCUAUCACCCAAGCGAGUACCCCUCGAGACUCUACGUCAACGAGAUUCUCCGGCGCGUUGGCAUGAAUCCAGACGACCCUCCAGAACCGCGGCUCGAGGACGAGAGUACAGCACGCAAGGCAAAGUUCGAGGAGGCAAUCCAAGGCGAUCCCAAUGAUUUGGAGGAUUUGACAGACCUGAUGUGAAGCGCGCUGCUUCGCCAGACGCUGGGUCCGAAGAGUAGGAGGAGAGGAAGAAGAAGAGGAAUAAGAAUGGAGCGCGGCACUUUUAUAAUGUGCUGUCUAUCUGGUGAUCUACCUUGCUCCACUCAACUCACCUCUCCUGCACUGAUCCUCACGCCGCGCAUGAGUCCUGCACUCGGUCUCGGCGUAGAGCGCUCGGAGUUCCGCGCUCCCAGGAACCGAGGAGCUCGCAGGCCUCCGCUCUCUGUCGCCGCGUGGCACGAAGUGCAGUGACACCUGUGCUGGAGGACCAUACAAUGUCAAAACAACGAAAGCCGUCAGGGGUAACGUGAGGGGGC